AUGAACGACCUAAGUAAAAUGGAUUUAGUAAAAUAUUUUGAUGAUGAACGAAAGACUUUGCCUGUCACUCUUCAAAAAGAAAAACUGUGUGCCUUAAUCAGAGAACAUGAAACGUUGAUUAUAGUUGGAGAAACAGGAAGUGGCAAGACAACUCAGAUUCCACAGAUUGUUUAUGAGAACAUAUUACAACCAGACGAAGAUGUCGUAGUUACACAGCCAAGGCGUGUGGCAGCAAUAUCACUAGCAGAACGUGUAUCGUUUGAAGUAAAUACUGAAAUUGGAGAGCUUGUUGGUUAUAGAGUAAGAUUUAUCGACAGAACUAAUCACUUUACUAAAAUAAAAUUUAUGACUGAUGGAAUGCUAUUACGUACGGCAAUAUUAGAAAAAAGUUUAUCGGCAUACGGAUGUAUUAUUCUAGAUGAAGCUCAUGAACGUACAGUUAAUACUGAUAUACUUUUUGGCAUUGUAAAAAAAGUCCAAUUCAGUCGUAAAAAUAGUUCUAAUCCUCUCAAAGUAAUUGUCAUGUCAGCAACUAUGAAUGCUGAUUUGUUUGCAGACUACUUUGGUAAUGCACAGAUUGUAUACUUACAAGGUAGGCUUUAUGACAUAAAAACAUUCCAUGCUAAGAAAGAUGUUGAAGACUACUUUCAUGAUACGUUUGUUACUAUAUUUCAGUUACAUAAAGAGGCACCAGAACGUCAUGACUUUUUGGUUUUUCUAACUGGGCAAGAGGAAAUUGAAAAUAUGGCUCUUGCUAUUGAACAUAUUAAUCAAGAUUCUGUUCUUAGAAACUAUCCUGUCAUUAAAGUACGCACAUUAUAUGCUUCUUUACCUACCAAUGAACAACUUAAAGUAUUCAUGCCAUUAGAGCCCAAUGAAUUUGCUAGAAAAAUCAUAUUGAGUACAAAUAUUGCAGAAACAUCAGUUACUUUAACUGGUAUUAAAUAUGUUAUAGAUUGUGGUAAAGUUAAAGUUCGUUGUUUUCAUCCAGAAACCUCAAUGGAUGCACUUAAGAUAGAAAAUAUUUCACAAGCACAAGCCGAACAAAGAGCAGGUCGUGCGGGUCGUGAAUCUGAUGGAUAUUGUUACAGGAUAUAUUCUAAAAAGCAAUAUGAUGAAAUGAACAAAGACCCUGUGCCAGAAAUUCAAAGAUGUAAUUUGGGUAAUGUAGUAUUAGAAAUAUUGGCCAUGAAUAUGGAUCCCUACAAAUUUGAUUACAUUAACAGUCCUUCAAUGGAUGCGAUUGAUCAAGCUUAUAAAAUGUUAGAAACUUUAGGUGCUACUAAAAACAAUAUUUUAACUGAAAUAGGUCAUAAAAUGACUAAAUAUCCUUUGGAUCCAAGAUACUCAAAAAUAAUAUUGUCAUCAAUAAGUUAUGGUUGUUUGGAAGACAUUGUAAAUAUUGUGUCUAUAUUAUCUACAGAUUCAAUUUUUGUAUCUAGUCUUUCUGAAAAAAAAAGGAAACAGGCUGAGGAUGCGCAUAUAAAAUUUAAAUCUUCUAUCAGUGAUCAUAUUAUGUUAUUAAAGACAUUCCGUGCAUACAGAAAAAUAAGAAAAGAUUCUAAAUCCAGUUGGUGCGAUGAUAAUUUCCUCAAUGUCCGUAAUUUAGAAUAUGCAGACCGUGCUCGUGACCAGAUACUAGAUAUCUGUAGAUAUUUACAUUUACCAAUUGGUCAGUCAUGUGGAGAAAAUUUUGACCCAGUCAGAAAAUGUCUAUUGUCUGGAUUUUUUGAAAAUCUAGCUUAUAUCACUCCUGAAAAAAAAUAUUUAACAGUCAAUGCCAAAAAAGAGUGCAAAAUUCACCCAACCUCAACAUUGUUUCAUUCAUAUCCUCAUUGUGUCUUAUAUACCGAAAUCAUAGAGACUAGUCAACCAUAUAUGAAAUAUAUAACAUUAAUUGAUAAAGAGUGGUUGGUCGAUAUUGUUCCAAACUUUCAUCAACGUCACAAUUAUCAAGUAUUGGUGAAUAGUAACGAAUAA